AUGAUUGAAAUUGUUGACAUUGAUAAUCAUGAUGAUGGUGGUGGUGGUGGGAACAUUCAAAAUAUUGCAGUUGACAAUAGUGGUGGUGGUUUUUUGGCAGUAACAUUAGAUAAUGCUGAACUUGAUAAUGACAAUGAUGCUGAUGAUGUGUGGGACACUGAUGCUAAAGAAGUUGAUGAUGAUGAUGAUUGUUGUUUUUGUGUUCUUUUGCCUUUUUCUUGUGAUUCUUUCUUUUCCUUUAUUCUCCAAAAUCAAUGUUUCCUUUCCUUUUCUUCUUUCUUUUUCAUUAAGUUCUAUGUCUUUUUUUUCAGCCAAUUAUCCUCUCUUUUGUCUUUCAUUUAUUUUUUUCAUUUACUUUCAUUCAAGUCAUUUUUCAGUUUUUCUUUUUCUUUUCUCUCUAAUUUCUUUCAUUCUUGCUCAUUCAAUUCUUUUUUUCAUUCCUUCUCUCCCUUCUUUCUUUUUGUUGUUUCAUUUACUUUAUCCUUUCACACUCAUUUUCCUUUCCUUUUUACUUUUUCUCUAUUUGCUAGAAUAUUCUUCUUUCUUUCUUUCUUUCUUUCUUUCUUCAGUUUGUUCCAUCUUUCUUUUAAUCUUUUAGUACUUCCAUUCUUUCAUUCUUUUUCAAUUUUUUCUGGAUUUUUUCUUGUUUUCUUUUUAUUUUAUCCUUUCUUUCUUUCUUUCUUUCUUUCUUUCUAUUCAGUCUAUUCUUCAUUUUUCUUUCUUUUCAUUCAUUUCUUUCCUUCCCCUUCCUCAGUCCUUCCUUUCUUACACAUUACUUAUUUUCUAAAAUCUCUCUUUCUUUUUCUCCUUCUUUUUUUUACUGUCUCUUCUCUCUCUGUUUGUUUGUUUCUUUCUUUCUCAAUUUUGAUAUUCUUUCUCCUCUUUUACUCAGUCUCCUCUUUCUUUCUUUUCAUCCAGUCUCUUCCUUCUUUUCUUUCUUUCUGUCCCAUUCACAUCUUUCCUUCACCCCACAUUAGUUCUUUCUUUCUUUCUCACUCUUUCCCUAUUUCUCAAACUUCUCUCUAUCCAUCCUGCCUAGCAACACAUGAAUCCCUGCCAUGCCCUAAUCACUUCCCUCUCAUUCUCAGCUCCCAGUGA